AUGUCGAAUGGAUCUGGCGCAGCGGACAAGGAGAGGAAGACGAAGAAGAAGAUGAAGAAGAAGGAGGAGCAAACUAGGUGGGGUCGACCGGACGGCGCCGAGCUAAUUGCACGGCAGAUGUCCGCACCAUCAAUUAUCGUUUCAGAAAGAACAGCGCGGCGGCAAGCGGGCGUGCCGAACGUGACCGUGCCAAAUGGCGAAGGAAGAAGCAGGAGGAGGAGAAUCGGAAAUCCAAACAACGGAUCGAGGAGCAGCGGGCGAUGGAUGAGGCCGAGUUCGCGAGAAGGUGAUAUCAGCGGGUGAACAGCUCUGUUGCAAAACCUGAUUAUUAGCUGGUCAUUAGGGAGGGCAGGUGCAAAGUGCGAUUCUGAAUUUUUUUGUGUUAUGGGUGUAACUUGUUUGCAAACUUUCAGAAGAGACGAACAACAGAAAAAAGAGUUCCGAAGGCAUCGGGACAUGUACGAGAAGGUACUCGAAGACGCGGAAUCCGCGCAGAAGGCCGUCGAGAAGGUGAUUGGGGAGUAUCGCGAAUCGAGGAAUAGCAUCAAGAUACAGCUCCAUUCCGACUACAAUGACUUUUCACAGACACAACAGAUCGAGAAAGCGGUAGGACUACCCAGAAAUUCUGUUUUAGUUAGUUCAGAAACCGCAUUCCAGCAAAUCGCACAGUUCAACGAGGCAUCCCGUGCUUCUGAGUGCCAAGUGGCGAAUUUGGACUUAGAAUUAACGAAAACUAAAAAAGUAAAUAAACAUUUUUUCGGGAAUUCAGAUGUAUGCAUUGUUUAGUUCGAUCAAGACUUUACUCAACAAUCGCUGCAAAAUUGGGUCGUUCGCUUCUGGAAGUACCUUUAUUGA